UCCUCUUUUAGACUGAUUUGAGAGAGAGAAAGAGAGAGAGAUUUACUUGUAUUGAAAGCAAAGCAAUCGAUCGAAGGUAAAGAGGCAGAAAGAGAGAGAAAAGCAGUCUAUUCUUGGCCUCUGAGAAGUCCAGUGAGUUUUCAAAUGAAGGUGAAGCUUGCUGAGGGUGACAAAACCAGAAUCACACUUGCUUGUGACGCAUAAUCUCAAACUCAAGAACCUUUGAAAGCCAGCCAGCUCAUUUGGUAGCCUCUCAAUUACUCCAUAUCGUGAUCUGUGAGUGACCAAAGAAACUCCACUUCUCUCACGCACAUCCCACCAUCUUCUUCCACAGUUUCAUCAUUUGAGCUUCUGAUAAACUAUGAAGGGCAGACUCUGUUUCUUCAUGCUAGCUCUGCAGAUUCUUGUCUCGGUUUCUGGAGCAACGAGAUCGAUCCCACAAACUGAUGCCAUCAUUUCCCAUCCAGGCCAAGAAGAGGCUCCACAGUCAUCACCAUACGCAACAGAACCAAACAAGAAGGGCAUGGCAGAGACAAUGGUGGAAGAAGAGUAUGAAAGAAGAGGGGCUGGUAAAGUAGGGUCAAGCCCACCAAGAUGUGAACACAAGUGUUAUGGAUGCACGCCAUGCGAAGCCAUUCAAGUGCCAAGUAUUAGCAGAAGAAGCCAUUUGGCUAUUCAGUAUGCAAACUAUGAGCCUGAGAGCUGGAAAUGCAAGUGUGGUCCUUCCUUCUACAGCCCUUGAAUGAAUAUUAUUCACUGUUUCGUUCAUACAACUUCACACAUACCCAGCUUAUCUCAAUGUUAAUGUAUAGUUGAUUGAUCCUAUAAUUCACGGUGUGAUGUGGACAAGAGAAGUAUUUGUCGAAGCCAUAAAGGCAUAAUCCUUCUGGUAAUUAGAAGUGUCUUCUUAAUGACUAAGAGACUACUAGAUUUCCCAUAAAUGAUGCUUAAAUUUUAAAUUUCAUAAAUAAUCCUUGUUAUGUAAGAACAUUUCAUUACU